AUGGCGCCGUACCCGAAAUCUUUCGCUAAGCCUGGGGAGAGGUUUAUAUAUGCACCACCCAGCACGCCCUUCCAGCAUUUGACAGACGAGGAAGCCAAAAACUUUGUGGAACGUGGCUGGCUUCGCGUCGAAAACGCUAUCGAUCCAGAUGUUAUACAGCGGUGGAUGAAGGAUCUCUGGGUCCGUUGCGGGUAUGAUGCUGGCGACAAAUCCACAUGGGCACAGGAGUACCUUCACCUGCCCUUCCAUCGGCAACUUCGUUACGAGAAGUUCGCGCCAAAGGCGUUUGACAAAAUCACUCACAUCAUCGGCGGUGUUGGAGCCUGGGAUGACGAGCGAGAACGCUGA